UCCGUGACGUCAUCGGCGCGCUGUUCUUCUCGCCCUUUCAGAGCUAUAGAGACGCCGUGCGCGUGCACAACCACAACAUUGAACAACAAACAAACAAACAGUCCCACAAUAAACACGAGGCGCAGAGUCGCGGUGAGGGAGUGGAGCGAUGGCUGGGCUGAUGUCUGGGUUUGGCUGCUUUACGCACGCCGUGGUGCGCGCGGUGCCCGAGUCUCUGGCCAGAGACGCGCUGAGGAGCGGCGGUCCGGAGGUGGACCUGCUCAAAGUGCAGAAGGAGUAUGAAGAAUACGUGUCUGUGCUGAAGCACCGGCUCGGGCUGGAGGUGCUGGAGCUGCCCGCGGACGACGCGCUGCCGGACUGCGUGUUCGUGGAGGACGCGGCGGUGGUGUGCGGAGACACGGCGCUCGUGCCCAGACCCGGAGCCCCGAGCAGGAGGAGGGAGACGGAGGCUGUGAAAGCUGCGUUGACUCAGCUUGGUCUUAACAUAGUCGAGAUGAGCGAUGAAUCAGCCACACUGGACGGAGGAGACGUCCUGUUCACAGGUAGAGAAUUCUUUGUGGGAUUAUCCAAGAGGACCAAUCAGAGAGGAGCAGAGAUCCUGGCCGACGCCUUCAAGGACUAUGCCGUGUCCACGGUUCCUGUUCAGGACGCACUGCAUCUGAAGAGUUUCUGCAGCAUGGCAGGACCAGGUCUCAUCGCCAUCGGAUCCAGCGAAGCCGCGCAGAAAGCCCUGAAGAUCAUGCAGCAGAUGAGCGAUCAUAGAUACGAUAAACUGACGCUUCCAGAUGAUUCUGCCGCAAACUGCAUCUACAUGAAUCUGCCGGGGAAAGGAGACGUCCUGCUGCACUGUACACCAGAGGAGUUCCCUGAGAGUGCCAAGGUUGUGUUAAAGGACACACUCCUGUAG